CUAUUCUGUUUGUCGUUUAUGGUCACAGCACAGUGGAGUGUAUCAAAAUGGAGAGAGUGUUUAUUAUUUUGUAACGCAUGAAGUUGAAUGUAUAAAAUAUAGAAUACUUCAUUUAUAUUACAGAAGAUAACGUAAAAUGUUGUUUCGAUUUUGUAACGUAUGCUGUAACAAUUUGAAUUCCACAUUCGUGACAACUUUAAGACGCUAUGCAAGAGCUGCUGCUAAAUCGCGUAAAAAGGAAAAAGCGUUACCGAUUGAGUCAACGGAGACUCGGAACGAAGAAUUGAAAGUAAUAAGUUGUAAAAGAAAGGAUUUCAAUUUUUACAAGGGCACAACUUAUCCAAAAAGAGGAGUCAUACCUUUAGCAUCAGACGGAUGGUUGCAUCGAAAAUCAAGAGGAGAUUAUUUCUAUAUACUUCCAUAUGAUAAUGAAAGCGAGAAAGACACAGACAAACGUUUGGAAAAUAAGACAUUUGAUGAUUUCAAUUUAGAUCCCUCUAUAUGUAGCCAAUUUGAGAAGUUUGAUAUUAAAAAACCUUUAGAAGUUCAACAAUUGGGAAUACCAAAAAUACUUAAUCGUAAUAAUGCAUUGUUGACAGCAGAAACAGGCUGUGGAAAAACAUUAGCAUAUCUGUUGCCGUUGAUGCAUCGGAUUUUGCAAUGGAAACAAAUUAUUCAAAAACCUAUGAAUCAACCCUUUGCAAUAAUUCUGACUCCUACUAGAGAACUGGCAGUUCAAAUUGCAAUAGAAUCGAUCAAAUGGUCUAAAGAGCUUGGUAUUAAAGUAAGAAUGAUCACAGGUGGAAGAACAAAACGAAAAAUCAGAAAUCCUCAGAUUGAAUAUGUAGAUAUUCUAGUUGGUAGCUUUGGUGUUAUCAGUAAAUUGUUCACAGUUGGCGUUUACAAACCUGAUCUUGUAAGGUGUCUAAUUUUAGAUGAAGUGGAUGCCUUGUGUCAUUAUACAUUCGAAGAUAAAGUGAAGCAUUUUCUAAAUAAAUUCCCUAUAGCACAUCAUCAACAACUGGGCGAUGACGGAUUCCCGAGUACGGUACAACUCGUUUUAGCUUCAGCUACAGUUCCUUCACGUUUGGCAAAUAUUCUGGCUGGUAUCGUUGACGUGAACUCUUUGGAGCAUGUGUCCACGAAAAAGUUACAUAGAAUACUGGUGAAACAAAAGUUUAUAAGAAUGGGACCAAGCGACAAACCCGCUGAACUUUUAAAGUAUAUCAAACCUAAGGUUGCAAAGAAGCACUCUGUAAUUAUAUUCAGCAACACCAGUGCUACCUCUUACUGGCUUACAUUGUUUUUGAAAGAAUGUGGUAUAGAAACUACAAAUUUACACGGUGACAUGCCUUUGUCUCAGAGAAUAGGAAAAUACGGAAGCUUUUUAAAUAGGAAAACGUACGUGCUGUCAGCGACGAACGCAGGUUCCAGAGGUUUAGACACGGUGAUGGUUAAUCAUAUACUGAAUUAUGAUUUCCCAUUGGACACGGCCUCAUAUAUUCACAGGUGUGGUAGAACUGGUAGAGUAGGUACCAUAGGUAAUUGCAUGGUAACAAAUUUUAUCAGCAAACCUGCGGAAGUGGCAAUAGUUAAAACGCUCGAAAGGGCCGCGAGGAGAUUGAAACCUAUUCCCGUGUUCGACACUUUGCAUCAAAAAGAAGAUGAGGAAGAGAUGAUGACACCAGAGCCGCAUUACCCUGAACGAAUAGUUGAAUCUUUGGACGAUCCGAACGAUAUUCCAUUCUAAAGCGCGUAUGUUUUUCACUUGUUACAAAUA